AAAGGGAAAGAAACCGUGAGAGAAAGAAAGUGAAACAAAAAGAAACAAAAAAAAAGAGAGAGAGAGAGAGAAAGAAAAGGGAGAGGAAAGAGGGAAGACAAAGGAAUCAAUAGUCGGAGCCACAUGUUUCCGCCGACCAAUCGUCACGUCAUUAUCUCUUCCACCCACUAUCUCUCUCUCUAAAAAAAUAAUUUCUUUUCUCUCUCUAGAAACUUUGUUAUAAAACCCUAACCCUUCUUUUUACCUCUGGUUUUUUUUGUCUUUUUCAUUUUUUUUCCAAAAUUUUCCUCUCAAUCCUUUUUUUUUUUUUUUGUUUUGUUCGGUUCCUUCCGUAAGAUUUUUUUUAACUCAUCGGAAGUUGCCCGAGUUUUUAUCUGGUCUAGGGUUUUGAGUUUGCUGUUGUUUUAUUAAAUUUCUUUUGGUUUUAUUUAAUUUUUAUAAACAUUAUGAGGGGUGAUAGCGGCGUCACACAGCAAUCUGUGAUUGUUGAGAGGGUGGAGGAUACUGAUAAGGAUAAGAAGAAAAAACGACGAUCUAGGCGACCCAAACAUAACUCAGCUUGUAAUUCAGUGAAUGAAGCCCGUGGAGAAUCAUCACAUAGCUUGAAAAGUGAAGAUAAAACAAAAAGUUUGACAUCAUCUAUGAGUUGUUCUUCGCCGAAACAACAAGGAUUGGAGAUGGCGUCGAAUGAACAGACUCCCGAUAGAGCAUCUGCUAUUGCUUUUAGUUCUAUGCCUACAAUGCAUAUAAAUGAACAAGCUGGCUCUGGUUGUAAUGAUACUUCUGUUGAUCAGGUUGAUCGAAAGAAAUUGUUCACUCCAUACUGGCCUAUAGAGGCUGUAAAUGAGGCAUUAGAGAAAGGGGAAGCUUUCAAAGGAUUGUUUCGUGUGAAUGCUCACAAUCGGCUUGAGGCAUAUUGCAAAAUUGAUGGGGUACCUACAGAUGUUCUUAUCAAUGGAGUUUUGUCGCAGAAUAGAGCUGUUGAGGGAGAUAUUGUGGUUAUUAAGGUUGACCCUUUGGGAUUGUGGACCAAGAUGAAAGGGUCAAAUGGGUCCUCAAACAACUCUGCACAGGUAGAAGAUUGUAAUUCUGGCCAAGAUGUCAAUGGACUGGCUGGUAAUAGCGACAAGGGUAAAGGUAAAGUUGAUGCAGAUUGUGAGUACGCUGAUUGUAGAAGUGGAUCACUCCUUGAGAAAGGGUUUUAUGAUGAGACAGAGGUGACUGGAACAGAAGCUUCCAAUUAUGUUAAUGUAUAUCACCAAUCUAGUUCAGAUUUUUCGCAAAUGGGUCCUUUUCCUGGGCAGAGUGAUGGCUUAAAUUCUGUUGAGAGGUUGGCUGUCAUGACUAAUCAAUUCCCUCUGAAACGACCAACUGGGAGGGUUGUAGCACUUGUUGAAAAAUCUCUUCGACGUGAUGCUAUUGUUGGUUUUCUUCAUGUUAAGCAGUGGUUUUCCUAUCGAGAACUUUAUAGAAAAGAUGCAAAGAAAAAUUCUGUGGCUUUUGACCAUGAGUAUGUUGCAUUGACCCCAACUGAUCCAAGAUUUCCCAAAAUGAUUGUUUUUGUGAGAGACUUACCAGACUGCAUAAAGAAAAGGUUGGAAGAUGGUGAUGUAACAAUUGAGAUGGAGUUGCUAGCUGCCCAAAUUGAGGAUUGGAGUGCAGAAAGUCCUUUUCCGCGAGCUCGUGUCUCUCAUUCAUUUGGACGGGGUGGUGAAUUGGAACCACAGAUGAAUGCAAUCCUAUAUCAAAAUACAAUCUGUUGUGCUGAUUUUCCUCCUCAAGUGCUUUCUUGUCUUCCAAAUAUUCCUUGGGACGUUCCACUGGAGGAAUUUCAAACUAGAAAAGACCUUAGAGACUUGUGUAUAUUUACUAUUGACCCUUCCACUGCAUCUGAUCUUGAUGAUGCUUUAUCUGUUGAAAGGUUAUCGAAGGACUCUUUUAGAGUAGGUGUACACAUUGCAGAUGUGUCAUACUUUGUCUUAGCCAACACGGCCUUAGAUAUAGAAGCUCAGAUUCGAUCAACCAGUGUGUACAUGUUUCCAAGGAAGAUACAGAUGUUGCCAUCCUUGCUUUCAGAACAGAUGGGUUCGCUUAAUCCUGGAGUAGAUAGGCUUGCAUUUUCUAUGUUUUGGGAAUUAAACAGCAUGGGGGAUGUUUUGGAUCGAUGGAUUGGCCAUACAGUGAUAAGGUCUUGUUGUAAGCUUUCAUAUAAGCAUGCUCAAGACAUCAUUGAAGGGAUAAUUGAUGUGGAGAAAUCUAAUACUUUAGAAGGAUACCCCCUGUUGCAUGGCCAGUUUGAAUGGACUGAUGUUAUUAGAUCUGUUAAAUGUCUUCAUGAAAUUUCAAAAACUUUGAAGGAGAAAAGAUAUAAUGAUGGUGCUCUGCAGCUUGAAAGCUCUAAAGUUGUUUACUUGGUUGAUGAAUAUGGGGUUCCAUAUGAUAGCAGGCUAAGUGAGAGGAUAGAUUCAAAUUAUCUUGUUGAAGAGUUUAUGCUUUUGGCAAAUAUGACAGCUGCAGAAGUAAUAUCUAGAGCCUUUCCAGAUAGUGCAUUGUUGCGGAGGCAUCCUGAACCUAAUCUGAGAAAGCUCAAAGAGUUUGAAGCUUUUUGUUGCAAACAUGGUUUAUCAUUGGAUACUUCCUCUUCCAGUAAGUUUCGUCAAUCGUUGGAGAAAAUAAGGGAAGAACUCAAGGAUGAUUCUGUUCUUUUUGAUAUUCUCAUCUCGUAUGCUUCAAAAUCGAUGCAAUUGGCUACCUACUUUUGCAGUGGUGAGUUAAAAGAUAAUUUGUAUGAUUGGGGUCAUUAUGGGUUGGCUAUUCCUAUCUAUACACAUUUUACUUCCCCACUACGUCGGUAUCCAGACAUUUUAGUACAUCGGACAUUGGCUGCUGUAAUUGAAGCAGAGGAGUUGUAUCAGAAGCAAAGUGGGUUGCAUAAAAGUAACAAUGGGAAGGAAGUGUCAAGAAGGUGUUUCACUGGUAUAUAUUUUGAUAAGGAAGCUGCAGCAUCUCCGCAAGGGAAGGAAGCAUUAUCAAGUGCUGCACUGAAGCAUGGAAUUCCUUCCCCUGAACUACUAGCUGAUGUUGCUGCAUAUUGCAACGAAAGAAAGCUGGCCAGCAGGCAUGCUGAAGAUGCCUGUGAGAAACUCUACAUGUGGAUUUUGCUGAAGAAAAAGGAGAUUUUGUUGUCUGAUGCUAGAGUAUUGGGAUUGGGCCCAAAAUUUAUUUCUGUUUAUAUUCAGAAGCUGGCUAUUGAGCGACGGAUAUACUAUGAUGAAGUUGAAGGGUUAACUGUAGAGUGGCUCGAGUCUACCUCAACAGUGGUGCUUAAUUUAUCUGGGCGCAAACGCUUGUUCAAGAGAGGUGGCCUAGGGAAUUACAUGGCUUUAGGAAAUGUUGCGUGGGUUGUUAGGCCUUAUGAUCUGGGUGUUGAAACAGGUUGUAUUAACGACCGUGAUGCAACAUGCAUGACGAAUAACGAGGCAGCAUUCCCAGAUUUGGAGCCAAUUGCAAACUCUUGGAUUGAUCCUGGAACUUUUCCUCUAACUCUGCACCUGCUUUCAACAAUACCUGUGGCAGUAUAUGCAGUGGGUGGUGAUGAUGGACCCCUUGAGAUUGGUGUACGGUUAUACAUGAGUUCAUAUUUGAAAUAACUCAUGUUGUGGAGAAGGUAGUUAAGUAAUGUGAUUGAAUUGAAUGAUCUCAGGGAGACAAAGGCAGCAGAGCCUUGUAAGGAAUUAACAGGUUCUGUUGUAGAUAAGAAAUUAGUGUAUAGCUAAUAUACAAGUUCUGAAAAGACAUAGAAAAAAAAAAAAAAAAAGAAACCAAUGGUUUAGA